AUGGAUAACAGUGAUGAAAUCGAGUUGGUCAGUGAAAAUCCGCAGGGUCAGUCAGUUGAGCAAGAGACGGAGGAAAUAAGAAAAUUGAGACAGCAACUGUCAGAUGUAUAUCAAGCUUGGGUUUCCGGUCGACCUCCACCCCAGGGUCCUUCAGAGGGAACUUCCACCAUACCCCAGGCUACGCAAACACCGCUCCAUGCAACGAGCGACCACAUUCUACCACCAGGGUAUGUGCCAAACUACAACCUCCAUGCUGCCCCCGGUACCUCUAACAUGCGACCUCCAAUCGCACCAGUCAGGAACACUCUUCUCGUCGUGUCUGGCACACCGGUAUAUACAAUCCCGCCACCACCUCCUGUGACGAGGCCAAACAAUGAGCCACCAUCUCAUGCUUAUGAUGGCCAAUACUAUUCUCCAAAUAUGGCUUUCAGGGUCUCGGCUCCAUACAAUCAGACUCCACAGUACGAGUCACCAGUGGAAAAAGAAAAGCCUGCCACGACGAUUGAGCCAGAAGAGAUGGUACUGCAACCAGCUGAGGGGUGCAGGAGGAAAGGAAGAGCUGCUGAUGGCUUACUUUGGGGAAAGCCUUAUGGGGGUAGCUUCCGAAUGGUUCAUUGA